AUGUCUUCCAAGUUGCAAGCUGAAUCGAAUGCGACCAAGGGCAACUCAAGAGCCAGCCGCUUGUCUCCGGCACGGCUCGCGAGGAAACGGAAAUCAGACAGGGAGUCGCAAAAGGCCUCUCGCCUGAAACAGAAGAACUAUAUUGCGCAUCUCGAGGUCCUUGUGCAGUCUUUGGGAUCGACCGGAGGCUCCAAUCCCAUUAAUCUACUCAAACAAAAGGGCGCAGAAAAUGUCGAGAUCCGAAAAGCUCUUGCGAACAUCUCCAAAAUCGCACAGACGGCUCUUGACAUGACAGAUGGAGACUGCUCGGGGUCCUCAAUUUCACCUGAUCCAGUAACUGAGAGUGGGGAAGGCAAAUGGAUGGAGUGGGAUACAUCCAAGGUCGAGAAAUCACACACAGCUGGGAAUACUCAGUCGGUUUUCAUCGCAUCUGGUCGCCAGUCAGUCCCCGUUGGGAAUGUGCCUGGCGCAGACGACUUGGAAGCUCUUGGUGCAGCCCCUAGCUCUGAUGCACACGACAUCCCUUUAGCUUUCAGCGAUGAUGAAGGGGCAUAUCUGGAAGACUACGUCCAGCAUAACGUCCUGGACUUUUCGAUGCAGGGUCCUGUUUUCAAAAAUACUCUGGAUCCGUCAAGUCUCAGUUCAGUUAAACAAGCUCCCCCAAAGGAUCAGCCUUACCCCGGCUUCUCGGAAUCUGGCCUGUUUUCAGAGACAUUGGCUCUACGGCCUCAGCAUGGUAGCAAUGGCCGGGAUUGGUUAUCCACGGUGAAUCUGUUAAGCACUCCAGUUACAUUUCCGCUUGAGACCCCGGAUGAUGCAAAUGAUGGAGACAUACCAGUCUCUGCGGUACUGUACGGUUGGGAUGCAGUCAAUGCUCGCCGGCCCCUGGAUGCAGGAUGGAAAGUUCUCCGACAAUUCGAUCAAAAUAUCUUCGUCAGCUGUGGCAUUGCUGAGAGAUUGGCUGUCUUACGGAUCAUGAGGUUGAUGUGUCAUCAUAUUAACACGGGAGAGCGUCGCCCCGAAUUGCCUGCAUUCAUGCUCAAACGACCAUGUCAAGAACACAUCAAACAUCAUCCAAUGAUUGACUAUCUUGUCUGGCCCGGCCUUCGUGAACGGCUGAUCUUCUCCCAACCUCGGUUCGCGGCGGACGCAGAUCGGUACGCUGAGCUUUUCCGCACCAACAUCCGCUUCCUGUGGCCAUUCGAACCUGAGGACAUCUACUUCCGAGACCCAAGCACCGGCAGAUACUCGUUUUCGGAACAAUUUGUUGGGCGUGUGGAAGACCUCUCCUGCUGGACGAUGGACAAUGACUAUUUCGUGGCCUUGCCAGAGCUUCUGGGAGACAUACCCCGGUUUUCGCCCUCUCCUUCCUACGGUUUGAGCCAUCAUGCCCCGACUGCGCAACCUGCGUUUCAGGGAAGUGCGCUGAGAGGGUCAGACAAUGGACGCGAACACCCCGAAAUCGACAGAGGCUUUCUCAUUACCAACUUCUCUCAGGCUCUAUGGGGGACGGGCUAA